AUGGUAAAUGAUAUUACUCCCGCUGGGCCUCCACCUGCAGGCCAGGCGUCGAACUUUAUCAACCCGGACUAUUGUGGUACUAAGCUCCUGGUAGUGAAUUGCGUGUUUCUUCCAUUGGCUGUCAUUGCCCUUGCAGUGCGAAUCUGGACGCGAUUGUUUGUCGUGCGGAUCUUUCGCGCUGAUGAUUUUCUAAUGAUUAUGGCUUUUGUAUUAUCAUGUGUUCUUACCGGACUGGUUUUGGAUAUGCUGGAUUGGGGCCUGACAAAGCAUAUGUGGGAUGUUCCUUUAAUUGAAUUCUCACCAAAGUUUAACAAGCUGAAUCUCAUCGCCGCCAUUGUCUACUGUGCAGCCACUGGGUUCACCAAAUGUUCAGUCCUAAUAUUCUACCUGCGAAUCUUUCCAAGUCGCAAAUUUCAUACCGCCGUCUGGUCCCUCGUUCUCAUUGCAGCUGGAUAUAGCUUCGCCAGUGUACUUGCAAAUAUUUUCAGCUGCACCCCGAUAGCCAAGUCCUGGGACUCUACAAUAACAACGGGAUCCUGUAUGAACCGACCUGUCUUUUACUUUGCCAAUGCUGGUUUGGGUAUUUUUACAGAUUUCGCGACUGUUGUUGUGCCGAUACCAUGGAUUCGUCGCUUGCAAAUGCCUAUGCGGCAAAAGAUGGCUGUUUGCGGAAUUCUUGUAAUUGGAUGCUUUGUCGGGAUUGUGAGCUGCAUCCGCCUUGCUACCAUUUACUUUCUUUUAAAGAGUACUGAUCUUACUUGGACGACUACCAAGGCGCUUAUGUGGUGCACAAUCGAACUCAACCUUGGAAUUAUCGGUGGCUCUGUCACAGCUAGACUUCUACAAAACCCAAUUUGGGUCCAAGGUCUUGACCCAAAACCCAACCCAUAUUGGGUUUGGGUUGGGGCCCCAAAGAAACCCAAUUUUGCAUAA